CCACUAUUGGGACCUAUUCUUUGCUUGUGUUUCUAAUGCUGAUGUUUUAUGCACGCUGUGAGAAAGUAUCGCCCAGACCAGGACUGAAAACAUUCCAGGAGGAUUACAAGAGUGUGGCAGAGACCUGUCGUUCUGUUGGAUUUUUCAGAAAAAAAUGUAAAACUAAUGCGGACAAAUCGAGAAAACAUGCAGAUGAACAGAUGGCUGCCUUUGACGUCAGAUUAAAGAACCAUAAAAGAAAUCUUGCUACAAAAACAAAGGUCGUGUUCGAAACGGUUGACUUGAACGAAGGACAAGGAUACAACGCUUCUACUGGUAUCUUCACUGCGCCCUAUGGAGGACUGUAUGUAUUCGACUGGACUACUCUAGCCUGGGUAGGCCAGUAUGCCUUCACAGCUCUCACAGUAAAUGGCUCCUACAAAUCUUGGAUUUAUUGUCAUGAUGUAAAUUCCAAAACCUGGCUUCAAUGUAGCAAGAUGGCGGUUGUAAAGCUUAAUCACGGUGAUAAGGUUUGGAUUGGGGUCUCCCAGGGACCAGCAAACAUGCAUAGACGAUACACUUCAUUUUCUGGCUAUAAACUAUAAAUGGCUGUUGAGCUGAGACAGA